GACUUGGACUGAAAUUUAAUUUUACAGCAAUUAUAAUUAUGCAAACAGCUUUUCAAUAAUAUAACAAUAGGCGGCUCCUGGAAUGUAUGUAGAUUUAAGAAAAAACCAGUGCGGGCGGCCGAUGGGCUGUUCGCGCCUGCCCUUUGGCCACUGGUCCGUUGAGGCGGCGGAGGAAUGGAGCAAUAGACUUUAUGAACGACGGCGCCGGCAAAACCGCAAAGAAACAGAAUCAAUGCCCUAAAUCCUUAUGAGAUUUUUUUCUCUCUGUAUAAUUCUCCUUUGAAAUGUGCUCAGUGUUAGAAUUGCGCCAAGAACAAAUGUACGAAUUACGAAUGUAGUGGAGCGAGGCAUCUGAAGAGGACGCACGCUACCAUAAAUGCAUGUGCGUUUAUUUUCCUACAGGAGAGUAGUUCGUUAUUGUUAGUCCUACCCUACCGCACGCGCACAGGUCGGGUCGCACGGUCGCACGCACUACUCACUUCUUGCUUUUCAACCUCUACUUUCAAGGCACAAGUUACCUUACUGAAACUCAUCUUCGUCAGCUUCAGACAGCAAUGUGCGUAUGAUUGUUCACAUUAUCUAUCUUUUAAAACCCUCUAACCUUUUUGAUUUGCAUUUUGCAGAGUCGGAAUUGAGCCCUGCAGGUUUUAGUCAGCUAUUUGCAUUGAGGCACUCUACUCGAAAAAUUCCACAAAUUGUUCGCUGCCGGCAAGAUGUCUGUCGAGGAGGAAUUCGAAACCGUCAAAAUAUCUGACUGCGACUGGCGCAGCGGAAAGACUUUGAUGGAUCAGUUGUGGUUCAUGUACGAAAAGCAGCUAGGCGUCGAUCUCAAAAUCGCUGUUAUUAGUGACGGCAAUAAAAAGACGUUUCAAUGCCACAAAAUGAUCAUUCGGAGGCUUACCCCAGUAUUCGACAGGACUCUCAAUGAUCCUGGCGAUGUUUUCCUUCCUUUGGACAUUGGCAACCUAGACCCUGACAUUUUCGCUGAGAUUUUGAAGUAUGCAUACACCGACAAGCUAGAUUUUAAGAACAUGGACAUGAAGGACGUUAUUGCCGUCUACAAGGUGGCAAGUGCGUACCAAAUGGACGCCAUCAGGCAGCAAUGCAACAAGGCGUUUUUGGUCAAGAUGAACGAAAAAAAUGUUUGGUAUCUGCUAUCUUUCAUGGAGGAGCAGUCAGACGUGGAUUUGGAGCGCUGUUUGAGCUUGUUUCUUUCCGUGAGCUUCAAUGAUUGUCUGAAAUCGCCCAAGUUCCGCAACUGCAGCCUCAAAGUUCUGGAAUUCAUCGUGGGCCAGGAGGAGCUGCCUGUCGCUGAAGUGAAUUUGAUCGAAUCCGUGAUCCGUUGGGCCAAACACAAGGAUCCUGAACUGACUCCAGAAAAGUCGAUAGAGCUUCUUGGCCUGUGCUUGGGGAAAAUCCGCUUUUUGUGCUUGACUCCUGCCGAGUUUACCGAGGUCGUCGCCCUGAGCGGAUUGCUGCUCCAAGAGGACUGUUUCUCCAUUUUGGUCAACUUGGUUUCUGGAAACAAAGCGAUGCCUCUGCCUGACCACAUUUGCAAACUGGACACUCCCAGGAUCAAACUGCAAGAUGAGCCACUAGAGCCAAAUUCGCCCACCCCUUUCUCGGAGGAGCAGCUAGAAAAUCCGACAUUUCCUGCAAAAGUGGAGCCCAGUGCAGCUCUUGUGGAGACAAACCCAACAAGUGAGGAUGAGAAUAAGAAGGCUGCUUCGACGUCUGGGGAAAUUGAUUAUUUGCUAGUUCACCGUCCUGCCGAUCCCAAGUUUCACCUGACAAUGUUCUCGCUUGAAGCACCGGGAGCGAUUAAUGUUAAUAUCGAAGUGUCAAAAUCAGCAAUUUUGACCGGUGUUAGGAUCACAUCUCAAGUGACUCCAGUUGGGUGCGAGCCAGGCAAUUACCAGGAGGACAUGUACAUAAGUGUGAUGGCAAUCUCCAACGGAUUGAUGUCGCACUAUGUCUAUCAGAAGUACGCUCGAACCGCUCAGAAUGGACAAAACAAGUAUUUUGAUGUGAUGUUCAAACAUCCAUGUAUGUUGCAAGAAAAAAAGGUGUACUUACUGAAAGUGGUUUUGCGCAAGCCAGGAAUGUACAUGUUUAACAAACGGCUGAAUUCGGUUUCUGUUGACGGUUACCUAGUCAAGUUUAAUGUGGGGGGAUCUAACAAAAGCACACAUGGCGCUGACCCGAUUCAAGCAAUAUUUUUUAGACGAUAAUGAUAAAAAGGAAUUGUGUGCUUAAGAUCAAUUAAUCAUUAAAAUGAAAUAUACAUUUAGUGCACGUACAAUAAAAAAUGCUCAAAAAUCAUUUAUUUUUUAUCUCAUUUUUCCAUCAUGUCAAAGAGGUCCAAUAAUGGUGAUGUGAGUGGCGAGGAGCCGUGCUUAUUUGUUUCAGUUUUCGUCUAAUUUACUACUUACUCGUGGCAUUUGAAGAAUCAGUAAAUUAAGAUCAAUUUAAGACUCAAAUAACACAAUACAAUUGUAUUGCAGGGGUGUCGUUCAGCGGAAUCAAAUAAUGUGAAUUCCUUUUGGUGGUUGGUUUAUUGAACUCCAUAAUUUUGAAUUGGACUGAAAUUUAAUUUAACAACAAUUAUAAAUAUGCAAACAGCUUCUCAAUAAUAGUAUAACAAUAGACGGCUACUGGAAUUUAUGUAGAUUUAAGAAUAAACAAGUACGGGCGGCCGAUGUGCGGUUCGCGCCUGCCCUUUGGCCACUGGUCCGUUGAGGCGGCGGAGGAAUGGACCAAAAGACUUAAUGAACGACGGCGCCGGCAAAACCGCAAAGAAACAGAAUCAAUGCCCUAAAUCCUUAUGAGAUUGUUCUUUCUGUAUAAUUCUCUUUUGAAAUGUGCUCAAGUGUCAGAAUCGCGCCAAGAACGAAUGUACGAAUUACGAAUGUAGUGGAGCGAGGGAUCUCAAGAG